UUGCAAAUGUGUUUUUAAGCCGAAACAGCAAAAUAAAUAAAUGAGCUUUACGUGUAAAUUGAUUGAACAUUACACUGCAAUUUAACUACAACACAUUCUAUUCGCAGUCUUCCAUCGUUGUAGUUGUAGUUCUAUACUGAAGUAGAAUCACUCAACGUUGGGCAAGAAUUUUGUUUAGUAUUUGUGAAUGUCAUUUCAGGCUGAACAGUGCAAAUCUUAAACAAUUGUUAACGAUUCAGUCUGUUAUAAAGAUAAGUACUUCAGCAAUCUUAUCUAUACAUAGUGCACAAUCACUAUCGUCAAUAUCUGUAAAGAUAACCUUACAUAUUGCAAUCCUUUCGUAGUUUCAUUGCAUUUGGAAGUGUUCCUGUGAAAAAUAGCACGUGCAUUAUGCAACGCAUAGCUGUCAUUGGUGGUACCGGUAUGACCGGUGAAUGUGUAGUUGAUUACGCUUUGCAAAAGGGAUUAAAGGUACGUCUUUUAUAUCGCAGUGAGAAGACUCUUCAAGAACGCUUUAAGGACAAAGUAGAAUUAGUUAAAGGCGAUGCCUUAAAUUUAGAAGACUGUAAACAAGUUAUUGACGGCGUUGAUGGAGUUUGUAUAAUUUUAGGAACACGUAAUAAGUUAGAGGCUACCACAGAAUUAUCUAGUGGAACCAAAAACUUGAUUGCAGCUAUGAAAGAAAAAAAUGUACCACGUUUCUCCAUUGUCAUGUCAUCAUUUUUAUUCCGUCCACUCACUGAAGUUCCUGGAGUAUUUCAUAAACUAAACGAGGAGCACAAACGUAUGCUGGACCUAACAAAGGAAUCCGGUUUAGAAUAUGUGGCUAUAUUGCCACCACACAUAUCCGAUGAACCCUCAUCCGAUUAUACUGUGUUACAUGAUGACGCACCUGGUCGAGCUAUUUCUAAAUAUGAUUUAGCAAAAUUCGUUGUGGAUUCGUUGGAACAAGAUGAACACAUUGGCAAAGUUUGUGGAGUAGCAAAGAAAAUAGCUCAGUAAAACAAAAGCUCUCAUUGUCAGCCUAUAUAAUGAUGUGUCUGUUUAAUUAUUCAUUAUUAUGCAAACCCGCCGCACAAAAGCAAUUAUCAUACACAUAUGUACACACAUACAUAUUAAUGGUUGUAUAUUAAAAUUGUUAUGGAUUUAUGGUAAAACACUAAUUUAAUAUUACUAAUGCAAAAUUUCCAAUAUGUUCAAAGCGCAGCUAUAUUGAGUUAAAUAAAAUACAUUCAACUAAAAAGCUUC